AUGCGUUAUUUACUUACUUUGAGUUCUUUCGUCGCUGCUGUGCUGGCCGCUGCUCGUACAAGCGCCCCAUCGGGUGCCCUAACCGUCGGAUCGAAAGGAACUUACUCUACCUUCCAAAAAGCCGUUAGUGCUCUUAGCACCACAUCCACCUCAGCUCAAAGUAUUUUCAUCUACUCUGGAACAUACUCGGAACAAGUGACCAUACCCGCCUUGAAAGGAAAGCUCACCGUCUACGGCUACACCAAGGAUACCAGCUCAUACACCGACAAUGUCGUCAACAUUGAGCACAGCUCCUCCCUCUUGAGCGGAGCCGCCUCCGACGAAGAAACCGGAACCGUCAUCAACUUGUCAGAAAACACCGCUUUCUACAACAUCAACAUCAAGAACACCUAUGGAAAGGGUUCCCAAGCCAUUGCUUUGGCCGCCUACAAUACUGAGCAAGGCUACUACGGUGUUGGUCUCUACGGAUACCAAGAUACCCUCCUCACUCAAACCGGUAACCAAGUUUAUGCCAAGUGCUACAUUGAGGGAGCCGUUGACUGGAUCUUCGGUCAACACUCUGUCGCCUGGUUCGACGGCUCGGUGAUUGCUGCCUCUGCUGGUGGUGGAUGCAUUACCGCCAAUGGCCGUGCAUCUAGCUCCGACCCAUCAUUCUACGUCAUCAACAAGUGCACCAUCACCACCAGUUCUUCCUCGACCGCCGGUUCCAAAACCGUCUAUCUUGGUCGUCCAUGGACCGAGUAUGCUCGUGUCGCUUACCAAAAAUCUUCCCUUGGCAGCAUCAUCGAGAGUGCCGGAUGGUCUGAAUGGUCCACCAGUGCCCCGAGGACCGGUGAUGUUCUCUUUGCCGAGUAUGAUAACUCUGGCCCUGGUGCUUCGGGUACCCGUGCUUCUUUCGCUUCCACUUACUCUACUGCCUACACUAUCUCGGGUGUCUUGGGUAGCUCCUACUCUUCAUGGGUUGAUACUACGUACCUCUCUUAA